AUGAAUUAUGUACAACUGACAGCAUUAAAUCGUGCCGACUGUUACGUGCACCAAGAAGAAUGUUCACUUUCCUAUCUCUCAACAACAUCCAGCAACAUGUUUGCAACUUAUAUGACAGCAGAUGACUGUGACGAAGCUCAUAGAGAGCUCAUCUACCAGAGCCACAUGAAUCCAAAAGUGCACAAAUUAACGCACGUCAAACAGAAAUCCUCUAGAAAGAACAAGAGAAUGCAACAAAUUUGUUCUAGAUCUGUUGGUCUUCAGUUAAUUGACACAUCUAGAAUUGUUGACCUUUUUAAAAAACUUAAGUUCGCCCUCGACCGAGUGUCUCAUCUUUCCGCCCACGACGCCCUGACUAUUGUCCGAAGCGCCCUCAGUUUGCCCAACAUGAUGUAUUUUCUUCGUACAUCCAGCUACAUUAACCCAUCGUUGUUGGGCAGAUUUGAUGAUGUUUUGCGUACCGCCUUGUCAGCCAUUUGCAAUGAACCAUCUGGCAUUUCAGUGCAAGAUGGCAAGCGACCAGACGGUUGUACUCUUAUUCCCUGGAGAGCUGGUAAAUGUUUGGCUUGGGAUGUUACGGUUCCUGGUACCUUGGCCGAGCGCUACGUUCACCUUACCAGCAAAGAAUGUGGUUUGGCUGCAAUCAGGGCAUCGGACGAAAAAAUUAAAAAAUAUGAACACGCCCUGCCUUCCUUAGAUUUUUUGCCAAUAUGUAUCGAGGUCCUUGGACCCAUGGACCCCAAUACUUCAAAAUUUAUUAAAACAUUGUGUAAAAUGAUUGGUGUUCGGUCAGGUGACAGCAGAGAGUUCUUUUUUGCAAUAAACCACAUCUCGUGUUUGUUGCAGCGAUUUCUGCGUGUUUGUGUGUCGGAAAAUAUUAAUUUAAACGCCGACGUGUGA